GAGCGAACCACACCAGUGUUUUGUAGUUUCACUUUCUUCCGACGCUCGUAAAGAGUGAAGCCGUUCGUCAUGAAUCGAGAAAACGCCACGAAAUAAGCAAGAUGGCAGAGCAGAGCCGGACGGUGAGGGUGACGGGGCUGCCCUCGGAGGUAAAGGAGGGGACAGUGGAGGACAAACUGUGUAUUCACUUUCAGAGACGCCGAAACGGAGGAGGAGAGGUGCUCUCUGUUACCACGGUGAAAACAUCACCUGACUUUGCACUCAUCACCUUUGAGGACAGCAGAGUGGCCCAGAGCGUCGUCCAACAGCCUCAGCAGAUUCUGGAGGUGGACGACAAGAGCUUUAACCUGACAGUGAAGGAGCAUCCUGGAGCCACGGCCCAAGAUAAGGUCAUCAUUAGUCUCUCUGCUACUGUUGACUGCAGCCAGCUCUCUGCGGGGAAGAGGACACUGAAAGGUCUCCUUAAGAGCCACCCUGACAUCCAAAUGAACUACAAUUCAGCUCUAGGACUCUGCACGUUAAGUGGCAGCUACUCUACAGUCCAGGCAGCUUUAGCACAGCUGCUCGGACAAAAUCAACUCCCACAAACUACAACGGAAAAGGACCUAAAAAGCAGCACUGAAAGCAGGCCUACUCCUCCAACGCCAUCACCUCGCACACAGAAAUCACAGGACCAAACCAGAAGCCAGAAGGACCAAAAGGAGAGACCCCCCGUAGAGAAACAUACCACAAGUUUACAGAGAGACGUCACUCCCGGUGGUUACGAAUGGGAACUACAAGGUGCUACAGCAAGCCCGCCUGACUCCGAAGAAGAUUUUUCCUUAAUGGUGGACGCGGACACGUUUCAGUAUCUGCAAAAAUACUGUCGAGAGGAGUACCAUCAGAUCCUCAGAAAGCAUGGGGUUGCAGUGGUGGACUAUACACAUCAAGGCUUAACUACUUUGCUAUUUCAAGUCGCAACUGGAGAUGCUGUGAACGAACAAGAGCGCUUAAAAAAGGCUAAGAAUGAAAUUAGCCAGUUGUAUGAGCAAAAUCAGGCAAAUAUUUGUAGAGAUAAGCUUUUAAAAUCAAUUAUUCCCUAUAGAUCCAGUCUUAAAAGAGCAAUUGAUAAACUGAGCAGCAAGUUCACGAAACUUCUUUUCAGUGAAGACGAACAACAUAUCUACUUUAUUGGAAGCAGAGAAGAAGUUGGAGAAGCGAAGAGAUUUCUGCUCCUUUACGACGAAGAGGAUAAAACUGAAGUCACAAGUCCGAGGAGGUUCCAGGAUUCUUGGCCAAGCCAUGAAACAAAAGCCCCAGCUGCUAGCGUUGGCGUUCUGCACACUAAUGGUAUCGAUAAAGAAGAAGAUGAUGCUAAGAUAGACGGAUCUCCAAAGUUCAAGCUCGCGGCGCAGUUUAAAGAUUCACGGGUGGCGCCGAUUGGAAGCAAAACAAGUGAUUUCAAUGUAAGAGGGCAUACGCAGUCAAGUAGCAAAAAACGCCAAGGCCCCAUGCUGGCUUAUGACGAUGUGCUAUCUGAGGCUAACAAGAAUGCAUACGUGAAUGCUCAAAACACAGGUGGAGAUAUAUUGUUUAAGAGUGCGAAUACUGCAGUGCAAAAUGUUGGAUUAGCAGAUACCAGACCCAAAACUUCUGCUGUUAGUCCAGUACAGUUUGAUAGCUUGGGUGCACAAUCGGAAACUAAAACUGGAACAAGUGUAAAACGGGCAAGUAGCUUUUCAGGAGUGAUGCCAAAAAAGGACCAAGAAAAUUCACCAAAAAGUGAACUGGACACAGGGAAAGGCCGAGGGAGAUCUUCGAGUUUCAGUGGUGGUGAUCAGCAGCUUAAUGCCGAAAUAACUAUUGACAGCAUCAUGUGGUUGCAUGUUAAAAAAGCGUACAAACCCAGGAUCGAGGAGUUAACGUCUGGGAUCCAAAUUAGAGAAAUGAAUUCGGAUGGAGAAAGAAAUGUAACGAUUCUUUUAACAGGGACAAAUGGGUCAAAGGUCCAAGCAUGCAAGCAAGGUUUAGCGAAGCUUGUUGAUUCAGUUAGUGUAGAUUUCGUUUGUAAUUCCUUGACACUGCACGAGCUUGGAAUUGCAGACCCAGCCGAUGACGCGUUACAAGCAUGUUGUGAUGAAAUCCUUAGCCGGUAUAAAAAAAUAUCAGUAGAAAUCUCUCAUAAACAUGUAUUUCUUCUUGGGCCUAAAAUUAUGUGUUCUCAAAUUCGUGAUUUGCUCCUUGAAGUUUUCUCUGAAGCACAAGUCGCCUCUAGACUUCAAGACUUCUCACGACCUUCUACGUCAACUGGGUCUGAAAGCUUUAAAAAUUCUCCUAAUGGGAAAAUCAAUGGCUCCGCUGGACAAGUUUCACCAAGGACAGAUCCAGUUAUUAAGGUAAAGGUGAGGAAGCCUGCUGGUUUGGAAGCGGACAGCCAAAACGCUCAAGAUUCUAUCACAUACGCCAAUGGAUCAGUGACAACUCGUAAUGACAAAACCCAAAGAAACAGACAGCAGACUACAGCAGCUCCAGAAGGGCUAAUGUGUGAAAUUUGUGAGAAAAAAGGAGCAACAGUGAAGAGGUUCAAAUGUGGAGAGGUCUACUGUUCGGACUGUAUUAAAGUCACACACUUACAAUGCCAGACGUGUGGGCCGAGAGAGGAGAGGAAAGCACGGGGCAUACAGGGGCAGAUGACAUAUGCUGCUCUGCCCAUGAGUAUGCCAGGAUUUGUGAAGGGUCCUGUUGUGAAGAUCACCUACUGCAUUCCAGAUGGCAUCCAAGGGGACGACGAUCCAUCUCCCGGAGAGUUUUUUACAGGAGGUACAUUUGAGGCGUUUCUCCCAGACUGUGAGCGCACCAGACGCCUGCUGCCCCGGCUGGAGAAGGCCUUCAGGACGGGUCACACCUUCACUGUAGUCAAGGGCAAGGUACAAUGGGACGCAAUCCCACACAAGACCAGCCUGCACGGGGGCAAGCCCAGUGGGUAUCCAGACUCCACUUACCUGAACCGCUUGGACAGCAUCUUGACCGCCCUUGGGAUCUCGUAGUCACCAGCCACAGCUUUCAUAUCCAGAAUCUGUCAUCUUAAUCCAUUUUUCAUUUUAACACAUCUUUUUACACACCACUACUGUUUAAUUUGUAUAAACAGUGAUUUUAGCAUCGUUAACUGUGUUGUCAACAAUAUUGUAUUACACAAAUCAAUUAUUCCACUUUUUUAAAAUAUGUUUUCUAUCGUUAUUUCACACAUUUUGUAUAGACGUGUACAUUUUGCACUGUGAUACAUAGUGACUCCAUAGUUUUAAUUCAUAACGUCAUAUUACAAUUUUUACUUUUAGAAAUAAAGACCAGAUUGACUGAA